AGUGAACCGAAGAUUAUGAUUUGUGAAAAAGACGGAGACGAAGAAAGCGUUUCUGAAUGUUGUACAAGUACUUCAACUCGUAGUAGCUAUAAAGUUCGAGUUAAAGAUAAAAGGAAUAUAUCUUUUCGAUUGCGAUGGCACGAUUGACACGACUGUCACUGACGCGCACACGAGCGAAGAACGAGUACGAAUGUUUUGAUUGAU